AUUUACAACAAUAUGCUCUCCUAACGUGUUCAAAAUGAACUGGUCAAAUCACUUGAUAGAAGCAAUUAAUCCAAACGUCCACUUCAAUCAACCUAUCGAUAAUCAACUAACAACUAUCAACUAACAGAAUAACCUUUAUCAGUUAUCAACCGUUUGCCAAUGAUCUACAAACAAAUAAGAAAAACAAUAAACAAACAAAACAAGCAAAGUCAAGUUUGUCUUUCUCUUACCUCCGAGUAGAGUCUCCUCCAAAUCACCCCCCUCUCUCUCACUUUCACCCAAAAAUUUAGUUCCCCAAAAAAAGAAAAAAGAAAAUGGAACCUCGAAGAAUACCCCCAAAUAGGUCAAUUAUCGAUCCUAAAAUCCGUCAAGUUGGUUUCACCUUCAAUUUCGACGCUUCUCAUACUCAUACCGACGCUCCUUCUUCCGUUCCCGGCGCCGGCGAAAACUCGACGCUUUCUCCUGUCAUGAUUCCUCUUUCUAAUUUCCCUACUGACGCUUCUACUUCUCUCCCUAUUCCUCUUUCUACUGCUCGCCGAGUUUUUGACGAUUCCCACUCUUACCUAGCCGGUUCUUCCCCCGAGUCAACUCACCCUGAUUAUUCCGAAGAAUGGGUUCGAAGUAGUUCUGGGAAGUAUAGCCUUGCUUUUGAUAUGUCUGGGCUUAAUUCCCCUGUUAAUCCUGAAUCUACUGCCGACGAUGAAACUACUGUUAUUAAUCAUGGUUAGUUCAUUUUUUUUUUAGAUAUUUAUGUGUAUUGGGGAUUAGGGUUUUUCAAGUUAUGGGUUGAGAUUUGAGGAGAUAAUCUGAUGGGCAUUAUAUGUAAAUUGGUAUUAUAUUGAUUAGUUUUUACUCCUAUAUCGGUUGAAUUGAAAUAGUUUGUGCUUAGUUUGGCAAGUGGGGUUUUUGUAACAAUGCAAGUAAGUAUGAAGAAAAAGAUUCAAGUUUUGACCAAUUCCUUUGCUCUGAAAUCAAUCCCAUGUUAGAGUUGACUUUUAUUGAUGGGGAAAAUUAUGUGAGGUUUUGUGGGGGGAAGUUUAAAAAAUUCCAUUCAGGAGGGUGUGAAAGAUACUCUAGAUGCUACAUUUCUUAAGGUUUUUGUGCAAUUUUUUUAAUAAGUAUGAUAACGUGAAAUUUUCGAUGCUUUUUUGGAGGCAUAACUGGGAAUAUUAAGGGAUUACAAGCGGUCUGAAUUUAAGUUCUUGUCAAUGUCUACCCAAUGAGAUUGCUUUUCUCUUUUAUGGUUUAUUCUUGAUUCUUGUUGAUAAGAUAUUCUGAGAAUAGUGAACUUUCUUUACCAUUUCCUCUUUUGGGAGCUAUUCGUUGAGAGGGAAUUGCAUUCCUCUUAAAUCUGAUCUCAUGCAAACAUUUUUAUUUCUGGCUGUGAUUGUAUUGCUUGUGUUUUGGUAGCUUAAUGAAUCCUGUCAAAGCCAUGUAUGAAGUUAGUAAUGAAAACAAUCACACAGAGAAGUUAGCAAAAAUGAAUGAAGAAGUGUCUAAUGAGGGCUUGAAUCCAGCAUCAAAACCAUUGAAGGAAAAAACCAGCAAAGCUGAAAGGCGUGCUCUACAGGAAGCACAAAGAGCUGCCAAAUCAGCUAAAAAAGGUGUGGCUGCUGGUGUCACUGAAAAGUCGACAAAGGCAUUAAAGCCGCAUUCGCAAAAGAAAGAUGUUCUUCAGGCAACAUCUUCCUUGCCUGUAUCUGAAACAAAAGGAGGUGAUCGUCCAACUGAGAAGGAGAAGAGAAAGGAUAUCCCUCCUCCUCGGAUGCAGUAUGAUGAGAAGAACAGAGUGGAAAAGGCUAAAAAGCGUUCUCUUGUUAAGCAAGUUGAAGCUAAAAACAGAGUUGAGCUCUUUCGGCAUUUACCUCAGUAUGAAUAUGGAAAUCAGCUCCAUGAUCUAGAUUCUAAGUUUUUCAAUCUGGAUCCAGUUCAUCCUGCUGUGUGCAAGGUUGGUAUGCAAUAUUUGUCAGGCAAUAUAUCUGGUAGUACUGCAAGAUGUAUCGUGAUGCUCUAUGCAUUUAAAGAAGCCAUUGAAGACUUUAACGCCCCAGCAGAUAAAAGUCUAACUAGGGAAUUGACCACAAGGAUCAGUAGCUAUGUGUCAUUCCUGAACGAAUGCAGGCCUAUCUCUAUCAGUAUGGGUAAUGCAAUAAGGUACCUAAAGACACACAUUGCGAAGUUACCCUCAAGUCUUUCGGAAUCAGAGACAAAAGCUAAUUUGUCUUCCGCUAUUGAUCGUUACAUUAAUGAAAAAAUAGUAAUAGCAGACAAGGUUAUCAUGCAAUUGGCUGCCACCAAAAUAAGGGACGGUGAUGUUCUUCUUACUUAUGCCUGUUCCAGUGUUGUUGAAAUGGUCUUGAUAUAUGCUCAUGAUCUGGGGAAGAAAUUUCGGGUUGUAAUAGUUGAUUCACGGCCUAAGUUUGAAGGUCAAGGUUUGCUUCGUAGGCUGGUUGCAAAAGGUCUGAGCUGUACUUACACUCAUAUUAAUGCUAUUUCUAAUGUCAUGCAUGAAGUCACGAGAGUUUUUAUAGGCGCUGCGUCUAUAUUUUCUAAUGGAACUGUUUAUUCAAGGAUCGGAACAGCAUGUGUUGCUAUGGUUGCUCAUUCGUUUCGUGUUCCAGUGUUAGUUUGUUGUGAAGCCUAUAAGUUUCAUGAGAGAGUACUACUUGAUUCCAUAUGUUCCAAUGAAAUUGGUGAUCCUGAUGCUAUGUGUAAGGUGCCUGGCAAAAAGGAUGUAAAUUAUUUAGAGGAUUAUAGGAAUAUGAAAAACUUACAACUCCUGAAUUUGCUUUAUGAUGCCACUCCGUCAGAUUACAUAUCAUUGAUCAUUACGGACUAUGGCUUGGUUCCACCUACAAGUGUACCAGUGAUUGUGUGUGAAUAUCGGAAGGAGCAUUUGUUCUGAUGUGCAAAGGUUUACGUACUUUGACAACAUGCUAACUAAUGUAAAGGUAUUUGGUUCAGCUUUCAUUUUAUAUGUCGCAAAUUUGAUCCUGAUUACGACUGAAUACUCCGAUGCACUUCUGCACCAAGCAGUUUUGAUACCAGUAUUAUUUGACAUAAUAUCAUUGUCCAUGUACCCUUCAACUUUUGUAAAAUUGGUUAGUUGAACUAGAAUAAGUUAUAUCAUUAUUUAAGCAACUUUUGCUAAAAUAGUUGCUACUCACUACUUAUUAGGAUAUGAUGUGGACUCGAAUUUGCUCAUUUCUAUUUUUGGAUGACACCACUUUUACUCUUUUUAUUCCUCUUAUUUCUAAGUAUCCUGCUACUUAAAGUGUAAAAACAAGGCCGCAUCGCAUCGGCUGCGUUGUAAAGGUUUUCAAAAUAUACAAACCGAUAUUUUUCGUGUUGAAAAGGUGUAAAAAACCGUGUUUUCAGCCGAGUCGAGGGAUAUGAUUUGAUUUCGAUUGAUAUUUAGGCGUUAUAUUAACCGUAUUACUCCCGUUACUGCAUCAACGUUCCAUGAUUGCAAUUGCGACGGUUACAGUAUUUUUAGUCUUUGUGUGUAUUUGUGUGAAAAGUAAUGGAGUAAAUGGCUGGAACAGAAGAGUAUGUGAUUAUUUUGUGAGAAAUUCAGGGUGUAUUUGACCAAUUAGUUGCUAGUUUGAUUAGGUCAAAUUGCUACUUUCAAAAAAAUCAUUCCUUGUUUAGUUAGCAUUUGGUGGUGGAGGUGGCUACUUUUAGACAAUUAUAAGUUUUAUCGUUGCAACAUGAAGAGUAGAGCUUUCAAAAUUUUCUCAACAAAUUGUGAAAUAUUUGGAAAGAUUAGGUUUCCUAAAUCUUUUGCACUUAAAAGAUUCAAGCUUUAUAUAAUAUCUGGAAAAUUUUAAAAAGAAAUUGUUCCAACUUCGACCAUUGUAGUCAUGGAGAUUGGAGAUGAUGUUUCUUUCUCUUUCAAGUUUCAACCAAGGUAGUCAUGACUCAUGAAUUGCCCGUUGUUAGUGAUAACGGGCAA